AUGCAAUCGGCAACGGAGAAGGCAAAAUCAAUUUUCGAGUUCACCGCCACCGAUCUGAAUGGAAACGAGGUCCAACUCGAGCGCUACCGCGGAUCGGUGUGUCUGAUCGUGAACUUCUCCACCAAGGAUGCCACGUUCGACAAGGUGUUGAGUCUUCUCACGCCACUCUACCGAAAGUAUCACAACGACACCCGAAAAGAUUUGAACGUCCUCUUCUUCCCAUGCUUCCAAUUCGGUGCCAAAGAAUCGACGGACGAGAUGGUGCAGCGCUUCGAGAGUGCGACCGGCGGUUCGAUCGGUGAGAUUUUCGCCGAGAUAGAGGUUAAUGGCUCAAAGGCCCCGGGAUUGUACAGGUAUCUGAAGGCGAAAAAGCCUGGCAACUGUGGCGGCUUCGUAAACAGCAACUUCACCCUCUUUCUUACCGACCGUCAAGGCGUACCGGUGGAAAGGUUAAACGCUGGAAUCCAUCCCUACACGCUGGAGGAUAUGAUAGAGAAUUUGUUACGCUGA